AUGGCCUUGGUUAUUGCUACAGCUUGCGGAAUCGCCAUAUUGGCGUUCAUCGUUCUCUUGACACAUGCGCACCUAAAUGCGAAGUUGCGCAAUAAUGUCCACCAAGUUUUUCCAUGCGGAAAUUCAUCUGCACAAGCGAGGGCACGUGGUUGCUCAUUCGACCAAUUGAUGUGGUCGUGGUAUCCUAAGCACUGCCCACAUUACGCAAACGAUGAAUAUCUCAACUUUCAAGACUGGAAAUUUUACUCUGAUCCUUAUACAAAGGAGGUUGUUGAUAAGAACAAUUGGACCAAAGCAUUAGACAACGAAAUAUCGGUAUACGGUGAACGAGGAGAACACUUGACCCAUUGCGUUUUCAUGUUCCUUAGUCUGGCACAAAUCCUGCAUGGUGGUGGAAAGUAUACGCAGCGCUACCUAGACUAUCCGCAUAUGGAGCAUUGCGCUAAGACUCUUCUACAAGCUCUUCAAAAGGAUGAUGUUCACUGGCAUGAUAUUGAAACCCUUGCAGGCCGUGUCGUUUAUGAUCUGGACUGUUCAAAAUAA